UCCAUGACGUCACCUUCAAUAGUGAGAGACCAAGAUGGCGGCCACCGAGUGGUUUGUCACCCAAGAGGGGUGUCUGACGUGUGGGGAGGGGGUUUCAGGCGUGUCCUACCACCCCACCCUCAACACGAUACUGGUGGCGACGAAAACAGGAGUUGAAGUCAUCGAUGUCAACUCCGGGGCGGUUCUAACCAAGUCAGAUCUCGGAGCUCGCCCUGGCAGCAGAUUAAGAUGUGAGUACCUGCCCCUGGCAGAAAAGGUGCUGAUGUCAGACGGUUUCGCCAUCGGCAUGAGAAAGGACCUGAACGGAGUGCUGCUGCUCGACACGGCACUCCAGACACUCGUGGACAAGACAGAGGACACCGUCAAGGUCGAGCUGCCCUUGUCUGAGGCGACCCAGCUGUUGGCGAGCCUGGAGAGUGUGGACAUGCGGGGGGUGGACUACGUACCCGAGGUGAAGAAGGAGCUGAGGUCUGCGGUGGACAGGUGCCAGCAGGCCGCGCCCAAGAAGAAGAAUAAGAAGGCAAAGGUGAGGAGAAAGUUUCCCUCGCAGAGGUGCACUUUCCCUUUCCCUGACAACACAUGCAAGGAGCGAGCUUGGGCCUGUGUAAGCCUGGAGCUGCCCCACUGUGCGCUGAAGUCCGUGUACAGCGGGCUGGUGAACGAGAGGAAGCGGACCAACCUGGGCCCCGCCCUGCCCAUCGCCUCGGCGAUCGUGGAGAGGUUGUCGUCCCUGCUGGCGGCUGGAAGCGCGGAGGGCGCCACGGCCGGCGUGGUGGACAGGGCGCUCAUGUACAGCGAGGCCGCCCGGAGGGAGACGUUCAAGAACUGGCCACACAUGAACUACAGAUGGGCGCUGCCGGACGCCAUGGCUCAGGCGGGGUUCUACCACCAGCCCACGUCCAGCCGGGACGACCGUGCCAUGUGCUUCACCUGCAGCGUCUGCCUGGUGUGCUGGGAGCCCACAGACGAACCAUGGUCUGAGCAUGAACGCCAUUCCCCAAACUGCCCGUUUGUGAAGGGAGAGCACACACAGAAUGUGCCCAUGUCCGUCACCCUGGCAACAAGCCCCGCCCUGUCCCACAGUGACUGCAGUGAAGAGAUCUGUGCGGUCAGUAGUUCGUCCUGUCCCAGCCUGCUGGCCACAGCGACCAUGCACGGGAACAUCUGCGUGUGGAACGUGGCGCGGCAGCUCAAGAUGGCCCUGCAGUUCACCGUGGACCCCAAGCAGACGUUCGUCACACAGACCCUGUCCGCCAGCCAGAUCCAGAGACGCAAGGUCCUGGAGGCCUGGGUACACAAGCCUGGGGAGGACAAGGGCACAGGCCCCGGUGCUAACAGUGACCAGCAGGUGGCCUCGAAGACGACACCAGCCACAGCGCCGGGACCCGCCGCGGGCCGGAUAUCCCCCAGCGACCUGCAGAUCGAGGAGGCCGGCGCCGAGCCACCCAUGGACACCAACGGGAACGGGCCGCACCUCGGGCACGAGAACCAGGGGGCCGAGGCUCCUUCCCAGGGCAGCGAGGGCGGGCCGGAGAAGAGCGGCGAGGCGAGACACAGCCAGAGUGACAUCAUGGAGAUAGACCUGGACACGGGAGCCUCUUUCCCCCUCAUCACACCUAGUAAGUUAGUGCACUUCCACCCAGACGACAUCCACGUCACGGCCCUGUGUGUGGUGCAGGCCCCCGACGACUCCCCCACCCCCGAAUCCCCCGUUCCCCAGCAGCUCAACAACCUGAGCGACCCCAGUCUCGACGCCAAGGAGAAGGACUCGGACAAAAGACCCGUCAGCUUGAUAUCGGGCCUCUCCCUGUGGAAGUCUAGCGUUGUCCAGGACUUGAACAGAAAAAACGCCGCGUUACAACGAAGAACUACGCAUGAGGUAGCAGGAAAGGUUGAGUUGAAAGCCGAGAAGGCUGCGAGUUUGCCGGAGGAGGAGUCGAGCUGUCUAUACCUCCUGGUUCACGACAUAUCAGGGAUCGACGAAGAGAACUUCAGGCCCAGGAAAAACUCUGGUCCCAGUAGCAGUAGCGGUAGCAAGGGGUCCUCUCUGUACCAGAGCCUAGCGCAGGACUUUUUCGUGUCCCAGAUUUCCGAGUUCGAGGAUCCCAUCUUGCUAGACGACCCGAUAGAGGAGGGUACUGUUGUAGGGGAGGUUAUUAUGGAGACUCCGUCGCCCGUAGCGAUGGUAGCCAGUCCGAGUAGCCCGCAGGGAGACGUCCCGUCGGACGGAAAGGGCCCGUCGAUAAAACCGGGGAGCAUGGUGCAAUGCAUUGAGCUACCGAUAAAGAAGGAGGGGAGAUUUAGGAUCAGCGCCGUCCUCCCGCUCGUGGACGGCAAGCACAUCGUGGUUGUCGUCAUGGCAACAGAAGCUCAGAGGGUGGCGAGACGGUCAGCGACGAACUCUUCAAGCAAGGUGACGGAGGAUGUGGAGAUGAAAGAAGCAGAGGAGGCAGACGAAAGUCCGAAGGAAUCCCGUGGUGCAGAAGCCAUCGAUAGCUGUGACGUUAAGGCAGCUCAACAUCAUCCCGAAGGUGCUACUAGUAGUGCGAAACCGGGGAGAGACGCUGCCUCUGAUCAGGCAGAGGAGGGGGGAAAGUCGAAGGAGGUGUUUGGCUACUUGCUGCUGUACGAACUGUUCUUCACGCAGGAGUUGGUGACCGUGGUGGGGAGCCCGGUGGCGGUGCACACACUGCGGGCGCCGCGGGACGUGCUCGCGUUCGUGUCGGUCCUCCCGCAGGACUUCCUGGACCUCCACGGCGAGGACAGCGAGAGUAACUCAGCGUCGGAGGACGAAGACGACGAGGGAGUGACGGAACAUCAGCCCAGGAGAGAGAGGAAAAUCAGGGGUCUGGGUCAGCUUGCUGCUACAACACAGGAUGGCCGUGUGUGUCUUUUGGACGCUGGGACGUUCCAACCGCUGGCAGAGUUCAAGCCACAGGAGGGGGAGAAGUUUGUACACGUGACUCACUGCUCAGGGUCAGGGCAGCUGUGUGCUGCCACCUACACCGGGAAACUACACUUCCUUAAGGUGUCCCACACGAGAGACAGGCCAGAGAAGGUCCCACAGCAGGGUGUGGUGGAGGUGGACUCUGUACCAGAGGAGACCACGGUGGAGAACUCUGGGCUGAUACCAUCACAGCCCCCCGCUCCCACGACAAUGGACACAUCACCACCUCCAGCUAAAGGUGAGGCAGACGACUUGCUCCUAUACCAGCCUCUGACCGCCGAGGUCCUGUCGUCGCUCCGUGAGCUGGUGAAGUUCCGGACGCUGGUGCCGCGGUUCACGGCCACGGUGCCGCCAUGCUGGACGGAGGUGCAGCAGGAGCAGCAGCAGCGCAGACAUCCGCAGCACCUGCACCAGCAGCAGGAGGGAGACGCCACCAGGCACACACGCUCAUGGAGGCUACAGCCUGACAGUUCCAGCUGGGAUGAGCACCUGUUUGAGCUGAUCGUCCCCAAACCCUGCACCAUCGGCCACGUGGACGUCAAGUUCUCCCUCUGCCAUAACUUCAGCGUCCUCCCUAAAAUACAGGUGACCCUUCUCCGACAGCGUAACAUCGCGGUCACCAACACCAACGGCCCGGCGCUGGACCCGGCCACACGGAAACUCCUCACCAAGACCGGCCGGCUCAAGAACAAGUCGGGCGCGACGAGCAGCGAGGACGUCUCCAGCCUGGAGAAACUGUUUCACGAUGACGUGGAGGUGGACCAGCCCAUCGAGUUUGAGCUGCAGCAGGAGGGGGAGUCCCGCGGUACCGAGGAGGAAGACGAUGAGCUGAAGCCCCAGUUCCUGGACACACACAAGACGGACAUCCUGUGUGGACCCAUCCUGAUCGAGUCAGGUUUAGACCUGACGGGGAACAGCGGGAUCCUGAGCCUGACCAGCCCGGCCCUGCUCAGGACUAAACACAAGGCCUUCCUCCUGCACAUCAAGGCUCUGGACCCUGAGGAGUCGGCAGGGGACGCACUCAAACCUGCCACCAACAACACCAAAGGUGCAGCGAUAAAGUCCAUUCUUGCGGAUAAGGCUCUGAGUGCGGCGGACCGGCUAGCCCAGACCGCGCCCAACCAGAAGAAGGUGGAGAAGGUCAAAGGUUGCAACUGGAUCCAGGAGCUGUCCAUCACCAUCAGGAGGUGCAAGAGGACAACCAUACCCAGGGAGAGAACCCAGAGAUGCCUGAUGCUGGAGACCCCGUCGUUCUGGGAGCAGCUGGUGUGUUUAGCGACCGGCGAGCAGAAGGGAGCCGAGGCACAGAAAUGGGACUUCCCGUGUUUCGAGCACGCCCAGAUCGUGGCGCUCGACAUCUUGGCCUGGCUGGCGUCAGUUCAGAUGAACCAGAGAGGGGCAAAACACGGCCAUGUGAUCACCUGUGUGCAGUCGUACCUGCCCAGCCUGGUCAAGUCUAGCUUCCUGGAGGCCACCCGCAGCGUGGCACACAAGUGCACACGGCUCAUCGUGCUCUGUCUCGACUAUGCAAAGCAGUCCGGAGACCUGGACCAGCUGGCCACCUUCAACGUGGCUCUCCUCCACGCCCUGCUGGACUGCCUGCCCCUGACGCCCCACGCCGCGUCCGCCGGCGCCCUGCACUGGUACUUCACCCUGUUCAACCACGUCAAGCUGAUGGACGUGGACGCCAUCGGCGGGACCUGCGUGUCGCUUCUGUCGGAGCUGUCCGAGCAGCUCAACGGCAGGAUGCUGCCGCAGCAUGCACUUCUCAGGGCAAGGUUUGGCCUGUACGGCACGCCAUUCGAGCCGGUUCUAUUCGACAUCGACCAGUCCAUAGCCAGUAAGGCGGGGACCGGGUCCACCCUGGAUGAGCUCCUGGCCAUGGCAGACAACAUCAACAACCCGACGGGGAAGGACAGCGACUCCAACCUGUCGGAGGUGCAGCAGCUGCUGAAGGGCAUGUUGGAGGUGGAGCCUCUACACUUCACCUGCAGCAGCACCAGUGAUGGCACACGCAUGGAGAAGGCAGACUCAGCCCCGUCCCUCCCCACCACCAGCGGCAUCUCCGUGGUGGCCCCCAUGAGCGGUACCGGCACCACGGCCAUCGCUGGCGAGGGGAACAGCUCCGUGCAGUCCGCUGCGGAGGCUGCGCUGGCCUCGCUGCAGAACGCCAUGGCCUCGGCCGAGCAGCAGCUCAGCGCUCUGCAGCAGAAACAGCAGCACCUCAUCAAGCUGCAGCAGCAGAAGCAGAAGCUGGAACAGAAGCUCCAGGAGUCCAAGAUGGAGGCCAACCUGGGGAACAACAUCAACCCGGCGCCCAUGUUCAGCUACACCACCGAAACCGUCUUCCCCCCGACGCCCAAGUCCACCCCCCUCUUCAUGACCCCCCCUCUCACCCCCCCGAACGAACCACAGUCCGGGGGGCAGAAGGCAAUCUCAGGAUUCGGAACAUUCCUCUCUUCCUUCCCCCUGCCUGAAAAGCCGCCGACGUAUGCACAGGUGCUGCAGCAGCAGGGAAACAAAAAGUAUCACCACAUCACACUCAUGAAGAACCCUACGCUCGCCUGGCAGGGUGCCGACCCCGCCCCGCCCCCGCCCCCGCCCGAGGGGCGCCCGGUCCACGCCGUCAGCACGCACCUGUACUACCACCUGCUGCAGCCGCCAGUACCGCAGGUGCUCACCAUCGAGAGGAUGCACUCAGGUGCGCGCAGGUUUGCUGUUCUGGACUUCGGUCGGCAGGUGCUGCUGACAGACAUGGUGAUCCCGGCGUGCGGCGACCUGUCCUCGCUGUCCGUGGAUGUGUGGACGCAGGGCGAGGAGGUGGACGGACGGCGCCUGGUCGUGUCCACCGACAUCGGCACGCGCUCCCUGGUCCUCACCGACCUCAUGCCCCCGCCCAUCUGCAGGUUUCUCAAGAUCACAGUGAUCGGCAGGUAUGGCAGCGGCACCACGCGCUCUAAGAUCCCGGUGGGGCAGUUCUACGGACACACGUGUAUCUUCCCCUGGGAGCGGGAGGCAGCGGGCAGCAGCGGUGCCGAGGAGGGGCAGGGACGGGUGGCCAGCGUGGAGCAGCAUCUACAGCUGCUGGUCGCACUGCAGGAGGACAUACAGUGCAGGUACAGCCUGGCCUGUAACCGACUGGACAGUUUGUUGAACAGUCUGGACCUUCCUCAGACCACCUGGGGCCUGGCCUCCCUCAAGAGGGGCACUCCUGAGACUAAGGAGGAAGAUGUGAAGGUUCAACAGGCUUAUAACGACUGUAUACAGCUUCAGCUCCAGUCCAACCUGGUACACCAUGCCAUUGCUCGAAUCAUGAGGGCUUCAGCCGGUCUGCCCACCUACCAUAUCCCAGCAGCCAGCAACCUCUCCCAACAACUGAGGGUCUCGUCUACUGACAAACUCAGGGUUCUAUCGGAAUCCUUACUAGACAUCCUGAUCAGCCUGAGCACAUCUCCCAGCCUCCCGGACACAGACAGUGCAAUAGUGGACUUCUUCCAGCCGGAUGUGUGCGAGCGCCUGUUUAAGCACCUGUGUGUGCACGGCAGCCCCACGCUGCGACAGAAGGCGGGGGGACUGCUGCUGAGGCUGUGCGGGGCGCAGGGCUGGUGGGGAGACUUCCUGGCCAGGGGGCUGCAGGAGCUCUUCAACUCCGAACAGAACGUGCUGUUUCCUCAGGACAGAUUAUUUGUGCUGCUGACUAGCCUGGGUCAGAAGUCCAUGUCGGUCAGCACCUGUGGGGGGAUCCUGGAGAGCCUCCUGAGCCUGGUAUCCAGGCUACUGGCCCCCCUGCAGCAGAGAGACAGCGCGGGACAGGCGGACAGCGUGGCGGAGGAGCUGGGGGCGCUGGACCUGCCGCUGGUCAGCUGGGUGCUGCUGUUCCUGUCCAGGAUACUGGACAGCACGGCCAGCAGGGGCAACGGGGACGAGGAGGACAGCAACGGCUGCCCUCCCCGCAAGGUCGCCAGGGAGGACGAGGGAAACAAUUUCCCUUCUCGAUGGGACUUUGUGGGAAACGAGAUGCAGCCUCCCAACUCCCAGUCCAGCUCUAGCAGAACCGGCGCCACCAAACUGCUGCGGAGAAAACUGAAGAAAACUCUGCUUCAUCAGAAACAAGAGAUCCUCGACUUACAGGCCAAACAGAAGAUGUUGAUGUCCAGCCUGAAGGGCGGCAGUGAGCCAAAGUCCAGCUAUGAGAAGAUGCAGCUGAACGUCUUCAAGAAGCAGAUGAAGGCCCAUGCAGAUAAGGUGCAUUUCAAGGACAUCAUGACCCUGAGGAGAACGACCCACCCCAGCCUGUACCGUCAGGAGGAGGAGGGGGCCACGGACUCCGGGCGGGGCAGCCCCGAGACGGACCUGGUGCUGUGCCAGCUGGGCAGGAAGCAGUGCAUUCCCGUCGUCAGGGGCCUGGUGGCGCUGCUGCUCAACAUGGACUUCACCUGCCACGUCGACCUGUUCCUCGUCAUCUGUAAGGUGAUAGCCCGGAUCUCAGGCGCCACCCGUCCAGCCAUCACGCUGUCAGAGAUGAUGAGUGAGAGACAGUUAGAACAGCUACUGCUGCUGUGUGUGGGGUCAGACUACAACAGGGGCAGCAUCUCAUGGGGAGGGCCCUGGGCACACCACGCCAUCACCUGUCUCAUGAAGGACGUCCUGGAAGGCGAGAGACUGUACCCCAUGACCUGCUCCCCGGGGGUCACACUGGAAAACACCCCUGACGAGGACCUGAUGGGGGAGGUGGAGGGGGAGGAGACACCCCCCUCCCCGCCCUCACCCCCCUCCGAGUCCCCCCCUAGCGUAGAGGAGAACAGCGAGGGGAUGGACACCUCCGAGGCCAAACAGGACCUGCCCAGCGGAUCCACCCCUCCCACGGCUAAUGGUGCUAGUGCCACGUCCCAGGCAGACAAACAGGAGUCUCCAGGGGACAACUUCGACAAGGAUGGCGCCAUGCUGGUGGACUUUCUGCUGGUGGACGAGGACGAGCAUCUGGAGGAGGAGAUCAAUGCAGAGCUGAAGAUUCUGUUUCCCAACUACACGCCCAGCAAGGUAAAGAAGGUGAAAGGCAGCUUCAACAUGGCCGGGUCGCCCAAGUUUGCGCGGAGGGACACCCAGCUGACCCUGACUGCCCUGGCAGCUAACGCCACAGAGUCACUUGGGCAGAAAAGUAUCUCCCUGGCCAUGGACAGUCGGCUGGAGGUCGGGGUGUGGACCAGGGCUGAUGUCCUGCUCAAGAGGAUGGAGUCAGAGGCGGCCGAGUCCUUCCACCACGUGGUGUCAACACCGCUAGUACCAGCUGGCUCCCACCAACAGCCGUUAACAGACGACUCCCUAGCCCAGGACAUGUUCGUGACGCCUCAGUCUGCGAUAAGCUCCCCGCUGGUCCUCAGCACCUGCUUCAACCACCUGUUUGGGCAGCUGCAGCUGCAGAGGGUGCAGCUGGACCUGCUGCUGCAGCUGUGGCUCACCCUGAACGAGAACGGGGAGGGAACGUCGUCUGGGUUUGACUCCAGCAAGGUCCCCACCAUCCCGCUCAACGAAGGUUCCAUCAGCAGCCUGCUGUCCUGCCUGUCGUGGUUCCCCAACAUGCCCGUGCGGUCCUGGUGCCUGGCCUGGAACACUCUCAGCCUCAUGGCCAACAUCCGCACACCCGCCCUGCAGGCCAGCCCGCUGGACACGUCGGACAUCUGGCUGGCCUCCAGCAUCAUCGCCGACGGCAACGUCAUCCCUGUGGUGGUGAGGUUCCUGUCGGGAGCCACCGUGCAGGGCCCGCCCACACCCAGCAGCACCAAUGUGCAGUAUGGUCCAACUGUGACUCAGGCGUUUCAGGACUUCCUGGUGAGGCUACAGCUGCACAGCAACAUGGACAAGUUCCAGGACCUCAUGCUGCGCCUGGUCUACAUUCUUGCCAGUGAUAGGGGAGCAUUCCAGCUGUGCUUGGGGCCCCUGGACACACAGGUCCACUUCCUGGACUUCAUCCUGGAGCAGAACUUUGAGUCGGUGGACACCACCACGGCGAUGGGCGUUAUAGAGUCCAUCUCCUCUCUCGUGUACAGCUACAUCAUGUGUUCCGAGUCCCUGAACUCCCGGAGCCAGUCUGACAACAGUGUUAGUGCCCGCUCCUGCUUCGGCGGGCUGUUCGCGAGCAUACUACGCCCCGCGGACGCCCGGUCGCUCGGGGAGGGGAAUCGCGACGUCCUCAUGUGCAAUCUACUCAAGCUGGUCAAGACCCUGGUCAAGAUCCCGCUGCCCCAGUCCAGGCUGUUCCAGAUGACCCACAGGACUCCCAGCAGCGUGGGCAGCGCCGACGCGGCGGCAGAGGGGGAGAGCAGCAACAGCUCCGCGGAGCUCAUCAUCCAGACCAACUUCUCCGAGCUGAACAGGAACUCUACGGACUCCAGCAAGCUGGCCACGACGCAGUCCCCGGGGCUGAACGUCAGCGCCUCCGACGAGGAGAAGUCGUCGUCCGGAGAGUCCGGCGGGGCCUCCGGGUCAUCGCCCGAGAAGAAGCCGAAGUUCACGUCAUGUUCGCACGUGACGGAGACCGCGGGCUGGGAGAAGAAGCAGAAGUGUCUGGCAGACCUGGUCCUGGGACACUCCAACACCAUGGCCUACCUGCUGUCAGCACUCAGCGGCUGUAACAGCAACACCAUGGCUAUGAUAAUAGGAAGCAGUGGUCUGCACAUCACCAUGAACGACAGUUUCGCCACCUCGGACCCCCUGUCGGCCGGGGACGGCAUCUUCAUGAUCCUCUGUGCUCUCAACAACAAAGCCACACAGAUAGAGCUGGUGCUGCAGCCAAUACUACAGUACAUGUCGUGUGGGUUCAGCACACAGCAAGGCUCCCUCACCAUGUGCCAGCUGUCUGAGCCGCUCCUGUGGUACAUCCUCCGGGUGCUGGACUGUGAGAAGUCCAUCCGCGCAUUCAACGACCUGGGUGGUAUCCAGGUGAUCUGUACUAACCUGGUGCGGUCGAACCGAUCGGCCAUCAACACCAACCCCAGCCUGGUGUCCACCAUCAUGCGGUUCCUGGACAGUGGCAAGAGCCUGAAGACCCCUCCCCUGGCCCGGCCAGUGGCCAACACCGACGUCGACAACAUGGAAGGCCUGCACAACUUUGCUCCUCUGGGGUCCAUCACCUGCAGCAGCCCGUCCACCCAGCCGCCUGACGUCCUGAUCCAGGCCGCCCCCCCGCACCGCCGCGCCCGCUCGGCCGCAUGGUCAUACCACUUCAUCCCGGACGAGGUCUGGUGCAACCUCACCAUUAACCUGCCCGUGGCCAUCCUGCUGAAGGAGGUGCACAUACAGCCCCACGCAACGUCACUAGCAACGUCGCCGUCUGCUGUGUGUGUGGAGGUGAGCCGUGACGGCUCCUCGUUCCUCCCCGUCUCCAGCCCGGUGUCCACCAGCGGACUCACAUUCAUCAAACUCGUGCUGCAGAAGACGGAGAUCGCCACGGCCAUAUGCCUCAGGUUGAGGCGGCCGAGGGACUCCUCCUCGAUAGGCCUGUCCCAGAUCCUGUUGUUCGGGCUCACGGCGUUCGGAAACACGGCGACAACCCUGGUCAACAACCCGUUUGUACCAACGGAAGAUGCAGUGUCCAAAUCCAGUGUUGGCUGGCUGAGGCUGCUGCACCACACCCUGACACACAUCCAGGAGAUGGAGGGUCUGAUUGCCACGGCUGCAGCCCCCACCCCCAGCCUGAUGACCACCUGUGUGGCCCUGCUGCUGUCCCCGCACGCUGGGGUGUACGCCUGUAACAUCGAGGCGGUGCUGCUGAAGAUCGGUCUACAUUCCACGGAGAUGGGCCUGGCCCUCAUAGACAUCCUGCUGAGGAAUAACUCCUGCUUACAGACUGAACAUGAGUCGCCUCCAAGUUUGUUAGGCAGACAGAACGGCAUCUCUUCAGACUCCACAGUAGACAUUGUGUACCAGCUGGGCAUGACACAAGACCCUGGAACAGAGCACAGAGUACAAGCCUUGCUGUCCUGGCUGGGUGACACGGCUCGGGUAGCACUGAGGAAGCACAGCUGCAUGUCGUUCCGCGGGUCCAUGGCCACCCUGAGUAGUGUGGAGCAGGUCCUGAGUACACCGUCCCCUGCACACAUCCACUGUGUAGCUGCCAUCGUCUGGGCCAGCUACGAGCUGCCUGUACAGUAUAAUCUUCUGGACAUCCUCUCCCAAGAUUUCCUCAGUUCCAUCUACGAGUGGUCGAUGGUGCUUGAGCUGGGCUCGCCGCUGAAGAAGUCUGUGGACGCGCUGAUCUGCGCGGUGUGCCACGUGAACCCGCGCUACUUCGCCAUGCUGCUGGAGUGGAUGGGCGUCGCCCUCAACAUGGCCAACAACUCCACCGACGACAACAAGGACAGGAACGCAUCCAUCUCAGACGACACCAAGGAGGCCCACCAGGAGAUGAAUGAGCACUUUGACAGCCCCAUGCCGUCCCUACCCGUACAAGACUUCAGCCACCUCGUGUUAGACGAGAGCCAUCUCAACACGCUGGCGUUCGCCUGCCAGGCGCCCAAAGCCGUGACCCAGCUGCUAGACUCCGGUUUCCCGGCCAUGCUGGCGCAGGGUCUGUACGAGUUCUGCACCCGGGAGAUCCAGAGGUGUCUUCGGCAGGACGAGGAGCCGCCCGUCUCCCCCCGCCGGGACCCGAACACUUUAUGCAUCACCACGGACCUUGUCGCGCCCGUGUUAAACUUCCUGGCCAGCGUGGCCAUGGACAACGUCAUGAAGGACUGGCUGGGCGGCGUCCAGGGAAACAUCUUCUGGCCGUGUCUGCUGUCCAUGCUGUGUAACACCGCCCCUCCCUCCUCCACUGCGGUUCAGUACUCGUCGGCGGCGUCGCCUGCCAUGCAAAGGACGUCGGCGAGCAGUAGCAACGUGCUGGGAGGGCAGCACAGGACUGCGAUCGAGAACGCCACGAUCGCGUUCUUCACGGCAGUGAUGUCGUGCCACAAGGAGAACCAGCAGCUGGUGUCCACCGUGCUCUGCUCCGUCAUCAGGAACCGCAGUGAGAUGAUACAGAGCCUCCCCGCCCGGGGCCACGGCACACACAACCUCGUCAUCUCAGGAUUCACUCGCAGGUUGUUCCUGCAGCUGAUGCUGGAGGAUGAGAAGAUCACGGUGUUCAUCCACUCCCCGUGCCAGCUGUACAAGGGCAAGUCCAACGCCACGGCCGGCAUCAUACAGCACCCCAUGUACGGCGCCGGGCACAAGUUCCGUACCAUCAGCGCUAAGCUGUCCUCCACAUGCAGCGAGGUGCUCUCUCUCGUCUCAGAUGCAGGUACUUUCUUGUUCCCAGACACGCCGUCCCUGACGCAGAAGCUCCUUGAGACGCGGGAGGAGAAGAUUAAGGUGGACGAGGAGGUGGGGAAGACGCAGAAGAAGAAGGAAGGAUCCGGAGGGGCGGGAUCCAGCGCGGGGGCACAGGGCGAGAGCAGCUCGGCGGAGAGCACGGAGAAUGGGGUGGAGGGGGUGGAGACCGUCACGCUGGCUGCAGGUCAGAUGUUUGCCAAAGGCCUGAAGUCUAAAGCUAAAAGGUCUGACUCGAAGAAGGCCACCCCUCCCCGACCCCCCACCCGGCGGGGCCGCAACCCUCCCCCCUCGUCUGACAAGUCAUCUUCAUCGCUGUCGGCUACCAUGAACAUCCCAGUUCUGUCACUGUACCACAAGCUGCUGCCAGGCCAGCCCCUCCCCUCAGACAUGACACUGUCGCAGCUGGUGGUGUUACUACAGGAGCGAGGCAUGCCACAGGGCUACCCCUCUCUGGACUUCACCAUGAAACUGUCUGCCAAGAAGGUCCCAACCGUCAAGACAGACAACAGCAAGAAGCUCAAGACAGAAAAAGACUCAGAACCGGAGGCUGAGGCCAGCCAGCCGCCCCUGGACCUGAACUCCUUCCCGAACGCGUUCGAGGAGAAGGAGCCGAAGGAGCCGCCGGUGGAGCUGAUUCCGGAGGAGGUCCUGCUGGGUACGGCCCACCUGCCGUCGCCUCUGCUGGUGUUCGCAGGCAUGGGCGGGCUGGCGCUCAUCGCUGAACAUCUGCCUCUGCUCUACCCCGAGAUCACCAGACAGGUGCAGACCCCCUGUGUGGGAUCAGGCUCUGAGAAGCUCGGUGACAGUGAUAAGGAGUAUCCCAUGGAGUGGGUAGCAGUGGACCAGACUGGGGAGCUUACCUAUGAGAUCCCUGAGCAGGUGACUGUGUCAGGGUCGGACACCAGUAAACCGUCUGCCCCCCGGCCGAGCGCCCGGGCUCCCCCCGCCAUUCCCCCCCACUCCCUGGCCGCGUUUGGACUGUUCCUGCGGUUGCCUGGAUACGCGGAGGUCCUGCUGAAGGAGAGGAAGAGGGCGCAGUUCUUACUCAGGCUGGUGCUGGGAGUCAUGGACGAUGGAGACGGAGGCCACAUCCUGUCGUCGCCCAUCGCCACGUCUCUGCCCACCCUGCCGUUCUCCGUGCUGAAGCAGCUGUUUGACUCGGCGCCCCUCACCACGGACGACGGCGUGCUGCUCCGCAGGAUGACGCUGGAGAUCGGCGCACUGCACCUCAUCCUGGCCUGCCUGUCCGUCCUCAGCCACCACGAACCACGUGUGCAGGUCACCGGACUGGCACAGCCAGAGACCUCUACUGGACAGAAUGGGGAAAAAUCCAGUGAAAAGCCGAAUAACGGCAAGAUCUUCCCGACAGCACAGGAGCCCUCGGCACCGGAGACGGGGCAGGAGAAGGGCCAGCUGUACUGGGCGAAGGGCACGGGGUUCGGCACGGGGUCAACCACCUCGGGCUGGGACGUGGAGCAGGCACUCACUCGCCAGCGCAUGGAGGAGGAACACGUUACCUGUCUGCUACAGGUCCUUGCCAGCUACAUCAACCCCGGAGGCCACGUGCCUGACGAGGAUGGAGAGGAGGGGGGGCAGGUGGAGAUGUUGUCAGUGCAGCAGACCGCCCUUCCCACCAUCAUCCCGGAGCUGCUCAGUCACUCCUGUCUCAUCCCUGCUCUGUCGUCUUACCUACGCAACGACUCAGUGCUGGACAUGGCGAGGCACGUGCCGCUGUACCGCGCUGUCCUGGAGCUUCUGCGGGCGCUGGCCAUCUCCCGGCACCUGGUGCACCUGCUGCUGCCCCUGCCGCAGCCACAGCAGCUGGGCGCGGAGCCCGACGGUGAGGAGCCGCCCGUCUCCGUCAGCAGGCUGCUGGAGAAGAUGAAGCAGUGUGUGGACACCUACGCCAAGACUCUCAGGAACAACAAGGAGAAGAAGGGGAAGAACACGAAGCCAGAGGACGACAGUGAGUCGGAGGGUCUGGCCCUGCUGAUUCCUGACAUCCAGCACACGGCCAUCCUGGUGCACAAAACUACAUCACAGCUACUCGCACAGCUCAAAGGCUCAGCCUCAGGCUCCAGUGAGGAAGAGAAGAGGAGAGCCAUGAUGGCCACAGCCACGCCUGACGCCAAGUACAUGUCCAUCAUGAAGGACCUACAGUUUGACACCUACCUGAUCACAUCAGAAGACGACGACGGGAAGAUCCAGUUCAACAUGGGCUUCCACUUCGCCUCCAACGUGAAGGCGGCGGGCGACGUCAGCAACCCGCGGCGCGCCCGCCGGCUGGCCCAGGAGGCCGUGACGCUGUCCACCUCCCUCCCGCUGUCCGCCAGCUCCAGCGUCUUCGUCAGGUGUGACGAGGACAGGCUAGACAUCAUGAAGGUGUUGAUAACAGGUCCUUCAGACACGCCGUACGCCAACGGCUGCUUCGAGUUUGACGUGUACUUCCCGCAGGACUACCCAAACUCCCCCAUGCUGGUCAACCUGGAGACCACCGGACACCACUCUGUCAGGUUCAACCCCAAUCUGUACAACGAUGGCAAGGUUUGCCUGUCUGUACUGAACACCUGGCAUGGCAGGCCUGAGGAGAAGUGGAACUCACAGACAUCCAGCUUCCUGCAGGUCCUGGUGUCUAUCCAGUCCCUGAUCCUGGUGUCUGAGCCGUACUUUAACGAGCCGGGGUACGAGCGGUCGCGAGGGACGCCGUCGGGGAUGCAGAGUUCGCGGGAGUACGACGCCAACAUCCGGCAGGCCACCGUGAAGUGGGCCAUGUUAGAGCAGCUCCGCAACCCUUCUCCCUGCUUCAAGGAGGUUAUCCAGAAGCACUUCUGGCUGAAGCGUGUGGAGGUUCUGGCCCAGUGUGAGGAGUGGAUCGCCGACAUCGAGACCUACACCAGCGACAAGCGGGUGGGACGGACCAUGGCACAUCACGCAGCUGCACUCAGGAGACACACGGCCCAGCUGAGGGAAGAACUGAUGAAGAUGAAGCCACCCACAGACCUGGAGGACGGCGCAGCCUCCAAAGACGCCGGGUCAAACGACGCAGAAGAAAUCACAGAGAAGAACAACAGCGACAACACAGCAGAGGCAGCGGAGCCUUCAACCGACGAACAAAGCAAAGACGUAACCGACGGGCAACACGCGAGCGUGAGUUUGGGAGGCAAGAUCAGUCUAGACGUGGAGGGGCAGAGCGGCAAUAGCACGGACGGACAGAGUAACACCAGCACAGACGGACAGACGAGCAGCAGCGCGGACGAACACACCAGCACGAGCACGGAGGAGCAGACCAACGGCAGCUCAGACAACCAGACAGCUGUCGUCACAGGAGCACAGACAGCCUGAGGCACCGACGGACCGCCCUACACAGGGUCUAACGAAGGUGCCUCCAACACCUCUCCACAUACAGAAGUUAACAUCGUUCUGGGUUGCCGACAAUGUGAUGUGUGUUUAACAACAAUGCUGCAGGGGAGAAAGGGAUGGAAACGAGAUGUUGCAACUUGAAAUGCUGCUGGUAAUAAUUUGUUUAAGCGGGCAAUGAUCAUAGCUGGAAUUGGGGGGAAACGGAAUCACACGUACUGGUAAUAAGCAUGGUAGAGCAAUGUAGGAACAAAAACAAAGAGACAGUGAAGUACAAGGGACUAUACAUUAUGCAUUAUUAUGAAGACUGUCCUGACUCUUUCAAGAACUCAGACCUCCAGUAUUUGGUCUCGAUCAUCACUAGACGAAGUCACUCGGUGGUUGUCAAGCUUUCCUAACUCCACCCGUACUUACAAUGUAUCGGUGGAAGACCUUGUUUCAAGUUCUCGCAAUUCACAGAAGCACAACUCAGAAAUGGAAGCAACUAUGUAAUUACUUCAGCUUCCCAAGGGAUGAUUAUAUGACCCUGGGGUGCUUUUGAACAUUGUCUUUUUUUUCAUUGAAAACACAAUGCUUUAGCCGUAUACAAUAAUAUGAGAAAUGCUUUGUUCAUCCCUAUAUGUGUAUAAUUGCACCAUGUACAUAAGAAAGCAUGGUGCAUAUCCAGUCCAGAUCAACAUGAUUGUACAAUGAUCAGGACUGAUAUGACAGAAACUAUUGUUUGGCCAUAUUGCAUGAUAACACUCAAAGGCAUUCUGAUGGUGUACAGAAUGUAUGUGCUGUUCACUUCAGACUUUCUUUGUAACACACACGUGUGUCUGCAUAGUGCAUAGAUCUUCGAUUUGUGAAAAUAUCUCUUACGAUACUACUUAUCGUGCGACAUAGCAAUUAUGCUUGUUGCACGAUAUUGUUCUUGUAAAAUCCAUUACAUACUAUAUUGUACCAUGUGUAAAGAAUGUUGUCUGUACUUGGUGCAGAGCUGAGGCUCACCCUGUUGGAGCAAUGCAACGCAUUUCUAUAUCCUUCUAUAACGAAGGGAUAAUCACAUGUAAAUAUAAAGUUGUUGUUUGAUUUAGGUUGUUGUUCAUUAGUUGUUCAAGUACGUGUGGAAGGUCGAGAGCAAGAAAGAGAGAAAGAAAGCAUUCUUAUUAUAUAAAGAUUAUGUGUUAAGCAAGAAUAAUGUACUGUAUCAUACCAAACGAUCAGGGAUAUGACAUUAUCUGACAGAAUUCUGCCUAUUUUAUGAAUGCCAUUGUUGCAAAGCAAAAUUAUAGAAUUGUAACUCGGAACACUUAUAUAUGAUAAUACAUGAACCAACUGCUGCACGAUGACUAGGAUACUGUUAGUACUAACUCGUGCAUUCUUCCACAAGAGGAGAUGAUGUAAAGGUUUGACUGUGUCUGGGGAGAACGAGAGAAAGCGUGGAACGUAAACGUGGCGCCGAGGGGAGGGGGAACGGUGCUAGACGACGUCGUGUGUGAAUUUGUGUCACUUUGUGGUGUUGUACAAGCGUAACAAUGGUGUUUCGGUCAGAACUAUAGUAGCUGUAGUUCAUUCAAACAGUGUAGUGACUAGUUCAUCAUUGGGCAUCUGUAUUAUUAUUGUUCAAUAUCAAUGGCUUCUUCUAUCUCUGAUGUAUAACUGGCAUGACUGACUUGUAAGAAUAUGACGAAAACGGUGCCAGAGAAUUUGCUUUCUUGAUACUGAUAUUAUACAUACAGGACAUGUACAUUGGCUCUAUAUGAUAUUAAUAGCAAUGUCUGCAUUCCAUGUACAUUGUAUGCAGACCUGGUGAGUUGUACCAGGGAAUCCUGUAGACCAGUCGGUUCUUUUCCGUUGAAAUUUCCGUUGCUUUUUAGAUGGAUUGGGAUGUAAUUACGAAAUAAAACAACUUGACAAGAA